AUGGAGGAUUUUGAUCGUAUAAGCGUUCUUUCACAAAAAAUAAUUACAAUUAAAGAACAUUUAACAGCUUUCGAAGAAUUUCUUGCACAAUUCAAUUCACAUGAUCCUGCUCAAAUCGCUGAAUUACAAUUACGAUACAAUUCAGUAUUUUCGUAUUUUUCAAAUAUUGAUGAAUUGUAUAACGAGAUACAAUUAAUUGAUUCUGAAACUGACCAUACCCUCGAUAAAAAAACUUUACAAAAUUCAUUUUUUAAAUUAUUAGCGUCAGCUCAAAAUCAUGUUACAAUUAUAACACAAAGAGAGCAAACUAAUAGUUUACAUAAUCAUGAAUUAAAUUCUAAUUCGGAAAAUGAACGACUCUCAAAUGUUUCGAGUCACUGUAGAAAAUUAAAAUUACCACAAGCCACUCUUCCAACUUUCAGUGGAAAGGUGGAAGAAUGGUUGUCUUUCAAAGACACAUUUAUUACUAUGAUACACAGACGUGACGACAUUACGAAUGUUGAAAAAUUGCAAUACUUAAAAUCAGUAUUAAAAGACGAAGCUUUGCGAAAAAUUCAAGUUUUUGCAAUCACGGACGAAAAUUACGAUCGCGCAUGGAAGCUUUUGCAAAAAUCAUACGAAGAUAAGCGUACAUUAAUUUCUCGUCAUUUAAAUUUGUUGUUGCGUUUACCAUCACAAGAAAAAGAGUCUUAUCAAGGCUUAAUUGCUCUUGCAGAUGAAUCACAACAACAUCUUCAAUCUUUGGCUUCACUCGGAGUUCAUGUAACUCAUGAAAUUGUAGUUGCUAUUAUCGAAGAAAAACUACACAAAUUAACUUUAGAGAAAUGGGACGAAAGUAUAAAAAAUGGGGAAUUUCCUAGUUUGGAAGACAUGACAGAUUUUCUUUAUAGAACUGCUGCACGUAUUUCAAAACGUAAAAUGAACACAGAUAAUAAUGACAAAGAUUCUCCCGUUAAUAAAAAACGUAAAAUCGAAUCCAAAAAACAAGCUCUCGUUACUUCAACUUCCAAACAGUGUAUACUUUGUUCUGAUUCUCAUCCUUUGUUUAAGUGUACCAAAUUUUUAAGUUUGACUGUUAACGAACGUUUCAAAACUGUAAAAGAUGCUAAUUUAUGCGUAAAUUGUUUACGUAAUCAUAAAACAAAAGAUUGUAAAUUUGGCACUUGCAAAAAGUGUAAUAAACGACAUAAUACUUUGUUGCACUUUACAAGGUCUCAGGAUCAGAAUCAAAGUGAAAAUAAAGAAACAUGA